AUGACUGAAGCGAUCAAGUCAGGCAGAACUCUCCCGCCGUCCAAAUUAGCACACGUCGUGUUAAGGUCACCUAGGCCAAAGCCGAUGGUCGAAUUUUACAAGGCCUUCCUGGGUGCGCAUGUUGUGGCAGCGAUUGGACCUAUGACGUUCAUAACUUAUGACGAUGAGCACCACCGGAUAGCAAUUGGAGCAUUCCCAGGUUGUGGCGACAAAGUCCGAAACAGCGCUGGUCUAGAACAUAUCGCCUUCUCUUUUGACACGUUAAAUGACCUCUUUACGGCCUAUAGGCAGCGUAAAGCUCACGGGAUCCUACCCAUUUGGUGUGUGAACCAUGGGCCUACUACUAGCCUUUAUGCUAACUACUCUGCAUACCAGGAUCCCGACGGAAACGUACUCGAGACUCAGGUGGACAACUUCGAUAAUGUCGAAGAUGCUAAUGAAUUCAUGAUGAGUCCCGCGUUCGUUGAAAAUGUUUACGGCGUCGACUUCGAUCCCGAGGAACUUAUCAAACGGCUGGAGAGCGGUGAGCCAGAAUCUGAGAUUAAGAAACGCCCUGAAAUUGGACCUCGUAGCAUCGAGACGCUACCACUUUUGAAUCCACCCCCGCCUCUAGUGAAGGACAGCUACGACAUUAUUGAGGCCUAA